AUGACGACUUUAAAAUUAAACACUGAUCAAUAUACACCGCAGCAAAAUAAAAUCAAACGCCAAAAGAAACUGGAAGAUGAUAAACCAAAAAGAAAGAGAAUUACGCCUGAACAAUUCUGUCUGUUAAGUGAGUUAUUCCAACAAACAGAUACACCUAGCCAUGAAUUACGAGAGAAGCUCGCCAAAAAGCUCAAUAUGACGAAUCGCGAAGUACAGGUAUGGUUUCAAAAUAGACGUGCCAAAAUAAACCGUAUCCGUUUACAAGAACAAGAAGAAGAACAACAACAAAUACAACAUUCCCAUCAUUAUCAUCCUUAUAUGAAUAAGAAGGUCAAGUUUAAUUAUUAUACAACAAUGACUUCUGCCCCUAGCCUCCCCCCUCCUCCUCCUCCUCUUCCUUCUACAACAAAUUCUUCUUCCUCUUCUUCAGAUUCUUCAUUAGCUUCGUCUCCUUCUUUACCUCACGAGCUUAUGUUUCAUCCUGAUCUGGCGCCUAUUGAUAUUUUGGCAACUGCAGCAGCUUAUGUUCAACAGUGGGAUGAAGAUCAACAAAAAAAGAAACAGGAACAAGAACCAAAAAAGCAUAAAAGCUGGCGUCCAUGGCUCUAA